AAAACUUCAAAAGCAUUGAUCAUUUAUCGGCGCGUAGGGCAUCAGGAGUGCAGUGUUAUCAGAUAGAUAUAAUGCAGUGUAUAUUCUACAUUAACAAGGUUUGGUUGGUUGUUCUGUGUACAAUUCAAGCGUUUGAUCUGGUCGUGUGGAAUGGAACACUCUCAUAUGGGCGGCAAGUAGCCUGCCUAUCUUGUGUUGACAAAAGAACCGAUCUGGCGCAUUAACGCUAGCGUCUAAUACAUCAUUUCUUUAAUCUUACAAAGAUAGAUACAUUGUUAUCUCUUCCAUUAUAGUUUACCUAUUGAUUAAAUGUGGUGAGGAUAUAAAAAUAGAGCCAAUUUGUGGCACAUAUUAAUUUUUUUUCAAAAUGGCACAUUUUCAUAGAGAAAGGUUUCAAGGGUAAUAAGACUGUUUAUACGUAUGUUUUUGCGCGUACAUAUCUAGUUGUAUGCAAGCUAACCAUGGCUUACUUAUUGUCGAUGAAUUAAAUUCUGUGCAAAAUGCGAUAUUGACAGCUUGAGUUACAACUGUUUACUGUGUGUUUUGCGAUGUCGGCGCCAAAGACGCCUCCACCGAAGAGGUUAAAGGUUUUUGUGGGAGAUUUUUUGGAGAAAAAUUCAGAAGUGCCAAGUGAAGCAUCAUGUAAUGAUGCGCAUAUUAGUGUACCAGGAAACCUCAAGUCGAUGAAAGAACUUAAACUUGACGAUGACAAUGAGCAAAAGUCACAAAGCGAUACAAUUAUUGACAUCGAUGAUGGAUCACAAGAAACUAUUGGCGAAGAGCUUACAGUCACAAGUAAUGAUAGAAAAAAUAUGUCCGGAAAACGCCCAAACUCUCCAUUGGACUAUGACCGUCAUUCGGCGUAUGCGUCCGCUGCAUCGAAAAGCCCAAAACGGUUUUACUCGAGUGGAGGUCGCGCGGUAGUAAAGUGUACUCCGUUUCUAUCUCAAAUCAUUAGCAGAACUAUUGCUGGAAGCGAUAGUGAAGUAACACCGACUGGCGGCACCUGUUCGACAAGGCUCGCUGAAAACGAUAGUUUCAACGAUUCGAAUAAUGUGCACAAGGUACGUACGGGGAAAACGCCACCAUCCCAAAGGCGGAUUUAUCGCCUUCCUGUAAAUUUGAAUCAGACGCCUGGCGAAAUACCGUCAGAUAUGACGCGCUUUCCACAGGACGCCGUUUGGAGAACAGGCGCUAUGGAGGAUUCGCCAAAUCACACAAUACUUGUGAAGGGUCCAUUCGAUGCAAGUGGCGAUACUCCUUGCAAAGCCGCACCAUCGAUACUCGUCGAUCGUUGGGACAAUCACCACGUAAAAAUGCCGUAUUCGUUAUUUUCGAAAUAUACUGACAGCGAUGGGACAGUGGUUCCUCGAUGGGAUAUCGUCCAAAGAGCCCUCGUGGAAACGAUGCAUUCCUUCGACGACCUUAGGGAGGCAAUUCUUAGCUAUAACGGAGGUUAUUCAUGGGACCUUAAUGAACUAGAAAAUGUCAUCGAAGAAAUGAGCUCCCAGGAGAGAGCUGACUUUUUCAACACUAUUUUGCCGGGUAUUGUCCGCCUCGCCCUUAAUCUUCCCACGAUUUGCACGCGGCCUCCACCGUUGCUUGCCCAAGGUCAUACGCACAGUGUAACAAUGUCUCAACAACAGGCGGCCAGUCUCCUGGCAAAUGCUUUCCUUUGUACGUUUCCUCGACGUAACACGUCCAAACCGGGUUCGCAGUACGACACUUAUCCGACAAUAAAUUUUCACACUCUCUUCAAUAGCUGCAACAAGCCAGGAAGACAAGACUGCCGAAAAGAAAAAAUCAAAUGCCUUCUAAAUUAUUUUAAGAGAGUCACUAGUGAAAUGCCAACUGGGAAUUUGACGUUUACUCGCAUGCGGUUUCGAUGCCGUAUAGGUUGGGCGGAUAGUACGACAAAGUUUAAAAAGGCGUUCGUCACAUCGGAAGGUUUCAUUGAGGAUCAAGGACAAGGCAUGUUAAUGGUGGACUUUGCUAAUCGGCGUGUUGGCGGAGGCGUACUCUGCGAUGGCUGUGUCCAAGAAGAAAUAUUGUUUGUCAUCUACCCUGAAUUAAUCAUCAGCAGACUCUUCGUCGAGGCAUUAGACGACGAUGAAGCUCUUCUCAUGACUGGCCCUGAACGAUUCAACGAAUACACAGAUUACAGCGAUAAUUUCCGGUGGCGCGGCAAUGUUUUCGAUUUUCGGGACCGAGACCAUUGGGGUAGAAAAUAUACGCAAUUAGUGGCGAUAGACGCACUCAAGCAUCAAGGCAGAAAGCAACAGCAUGAACAGUUCAAAAUUGAAAAAAUUAUGAGAGAGCUUGUCAAGUCAUUGUGUGGCUUCCAGACGCCGGGCUUUCCCCGCUCUGCGGUUGCUACCGGAAAUUGGGGCUGUGGUGCCUUUGGAGGUGAUGCGCGGCUUAAGUUUCUCGUUCAGUGGAUGGCCGCAUCGAGGGCCGGUAGACCUUUGGUGUACUUCACCUUUGGCGACCAUGAGCUCAUGUGUCAGUUGAGAUCUAUGCAGAAAUUAGUGACACAGCAAGACAUAACCAUUGAAAAGCCACGGAUUAGGCCGUCAUAGAAAAGGCGUUGCCGUUUUAGACGAUCAUAUGAUAGGCGACCUCACUUGCCUCCUACAAAAUAACGUUAUUGUCUUGCGCGUCCAGCGACGAAGUUUCGUAGCAGUUUAUAUUCAGUCGAUUGAUUCGGCAUCAACAUCGUUACUGGUGGAAAAAUUCGUCAGUGAACAGAAAUUGCUAUCUUCUCAUUCUGUCUCCCCUCUGGUCAUUGGCGGCGACUUCAAUGCUUGCUUAAACCAGCCGAACUUAAGUUGCCCUUCUAAACACACUCGCUGACGUUGAAUAGUCAGCCCAGCUCGGCAUCGACAGGACAUGCAGGAAGUUCAGUCAUCGAUAUAUUUGCGACGAACGUGAUCAGGAAUAGGAUAAAGUUUAGAAUGAAAAUCAUUCCCUGUCAGAAGGAGCAACCAUUCAUGCUCACAUAUCAACAGCGAUAGCCCUCUCUGUUCAAGUUGCAUCUGCGUGUACUGUCAAACGUCAAACUCCGUGGCGACACCCACGAGGUUUUUGCUGUAUCUGAGGUGCUAAACUCCGAAAUUUAUGUGCAGCAUCCGAUUGAAAUUCUCCAGUCGGCAGCGCAGCCUUUCUGUUUCAAUCGAAAGCAUAAGCCAUGGCUCAUCUCUGCUUUCAAACAUGUUUAGAGGGUCCUGAUGAGUUUGUCCCGCCAGUUUGAUUGCUCGCCCGAUUAGCUUCUCGUCCCUCACAAAUGACUUCUGGAAGAUACUUUCGUUUCAUCAAGGGAUACGGCUUUACGCACGGUGCUUUUCUUUCGCUAUGGAUCUUAAUGCAACGAGAUAUCCCUCAAUAAGGUAAGGCACGAACUAAUGCAAGUUCUUAGGAGCAAACGCAAUAAGAAGAAAGUCAUCGGUGCAUAUAAGAUCGGAACCGAAUACCUUAAAUGCGCCGUCAUUCUGGCACCGUCUUAGACGGCACUAUUUAAUGAAUGUCUAUAUACUGCUACACUCCCAUCCCACUGGGGAGGUGCCGCCCUUUUAGUGAUCCCAGAGGAGAGCAGCAACCUAACCGCGCUGUUAUCAUUGGGGAAUAUGAUAAUGAAAAAUGUUUGCCAUAAGCUACUCUUUGGCUUAUCUACUAAAAAAUUGAACACCUACUUAGAAAAUGUACACGCCAUCUUAACGAAGCAACAUGAUUUCUGGAGAACGCUCCACAGAAAUGGCGUGCGGAAUCCUGAUGGCCGACAUCAAAAGGGCACUAACCACGCCGUGCAGUUCGUUAUACGGUGUUUAUCGCUUUAAAGGCAGCCUUCGGCUCGGCCCCCAGAGACAAAGUUAUGCUCCUGCUAUCCGAAGUAAGUGCCCCUAUAAAUGUGCUCACUACAAUUCUACAGCAGACCAGGAUAACGACGAUGGAAUGGCCGAUCUCUUGCCCUUCACACAGAUAAAAGGCCUGGUUCAAGAAAAUAACCUCAGCCAAUAUUUAUUCUUUACCCUGUUAAAGGACCUUUCUGAUUAAACAAGAAGAUCAGUCGAUAUGCAGGUGACUUAAUGGUGAACAGAUCGAGCCGGUUCCCAGUGCAACAAACUCUAGCUCGGUGGCAUGCGGUCACAUAGGUAAAGUUCACUAAGACGGAGGCAAUGAAGUUUAGAAAGAGAGAGAAGACAGCGGCCAAGGCGCCGUGCAUUUUGCCGGGCAGUUUCUUUCUUGUGUAAACCAGUUUCUGUAUUUGGGGCUGCUUUUCCCUGUGAUCGGCAGGAAUUUCGUUACACAGGUCACUGAAAGAUGCAGAAAGACAGUGUUGGCCGCCGGGCGAUGAGAUUGCCUCGUGGCUUUUCCCUCUUGUCCGCCC